AUGUUCGUGCUUAGCUUCUGGCUGCAUGUGAACCCUCCAAGCUACCCAGAACUACGACGGCCCUCUGCGGGACACAGGUUUCGUGUCCUCCACCGCGAUUCUGCGUUCGCAUCGGCGGGAUGUCACGACAAUCGCUUAGACAAGCUCUGGUGGAACGAGCUGUGGAUGGGCUACUCGGCUGAUGUCAGCUACGAGGAUUCCUCAGAUGUAUCUCAUGCGCACAAUUUGGGGGGGGCUUUGAUGCUGGCGAUGGGUGAGCUGGAUACCAAUGUUGAUCCGUCAUCGACGCUGCGCCUGGCCCAUGCCGUCAUCGAGGCGGACAAGGACUUCGAUUUGGUCUUUGUGCCGGGCGGCACGCAUCAUGUCAUUGACAUGCCUUUUAUGGUGCAAAAGAAACACGCCUUCUUCAGGAAACACUUACAGAGCUACUGA